AUGCCUCUCAAUCAUCCUGAUAGAUUCUUGGCAAAUUUUACCCUUUUUAUAGCCCAAGGUAGUCACUCACUGCAAGUUGAUUGGUGGCCCUUUUGUCUCGGCAUAGUCUUUUCCGAGCAUUUCGGGUCCAUUUUAGCCUUGUGGGUCUCUUGCGGCACUUGCUCGUGGGUUGACCCACACCCCAUGCCUUUUGCUUUGACUCAACCUGACUUCGAUUCUCCUAAUCCCAAUCUAGUGCAUCCUUCCUCGAUCAAGAAAAAUAGACUCGGCGAGCCCUCCAUGAGCUAUUUAAGCUCUAGACCUUGUACUGCAUGCACUACACCAUCGGGAUCCGAAUCAUCUGCCCCUUUUAGGCAAGAGAGACUCCAACCGGGUAUCAGAGGACCUGAAGCCCGGAUUAUCUAUGGCGCUACCCGAAGAAUCAAACCAAAACACGAGCAACUAUACGGCACGUACCAAUGCAAAUGGAAAGACUGCAAAUACCGCAGCAAGUUCUCUCACAAGGGAGUUCUCCUGCGUCAUAUCGAAACGCAGCAUGUCGCCCCGCACUCAUUCGAAUGCACUUUGUGUGGCAAGCUGUUCAGUCGACAGGACAAUUGGACCGAUCAUAUGGGCAAAUUUUAUUUGCAGCGAGUGUGA